GUCGACCUCUCUUUUCAAGGCCCCGUUUAAUCUUGUACAUUUCCUUUAUAUUUACCUGCCUUUUCCUUACCUGUCUGAGGUUGCCAGACAGGUAAGGCAUUGUGAUUUCACCUGGUGAAAUUUGAAGGAGACACCGAAUACGUCUGAAAGUCAAACGCUUCACCGGUCCUGACCUCGCCACGGUUCGUUGGUUGUGAUAUUCUGUGUACAACUAGAAUCACUUCAGGCGAUGGUCAGUUUUAACACCCUCUGGUCAGUCUAAAGCCAGCCAUCUCGUGGCAAGUAUUUACAUAUAUGGUCAGUUGAAGGUCAAACACAGAAACGCGACACGACGAGGAACAGACUUUACAGGUGUAUAUAUAUUGUAUAUAUUGUAGAUCGCUAACCUGUUAUCAGUGUACAGGUGUGUAUGUAUGUGUGAUACAUAGAGAGUAUCCUUUGUGACGUUACCGCGGUAUGUGUGCACGACCCAUACGUCAGACAGGUAGAUAAAAGGUUUCCAUAACGUGAUGCCAUAGCACCGUCGCCAUGGAAACGUUCCUCGUUGUCGCUGUGCUUUUUCUAGCCGUUAGUGUUAAUGUUAUACUUGGAGCUACAAAAGAGUUCGCUGUAUCGUGGUAUGACGGCAGAGAACACGUGUUUCGUUACAACUGGACAAAUUAUGGAGAGUGUUUAUUCACAUCAAACCCGGAUAUCCUAAAGUGCAUGGGGAGUUAUACUUACAAAGCAAUCAGCGACAUCUGGCGGUAUGACCCGGAAGCAAUUAGUUAUGUCUCCGUAAGAUGUCAGCAACAAGAAUAUUUCGCCGACCACCGCCACGUGUGUAUUUGUAAAAACGGUACAGGUGCCGCUAAUCCCACGUCGUCAAGGCAACAUGACAUAUUCUAUUUUUGUCAGGUGACAAAACUCUUCGCCAAUACAUUCGAGGACAUGAUGGCAUUGGAGACCCUGGACCUGUCCGAUAACUCGAUAACGAGUGUCGAAGGCGAAUCUCUAAAGGGUAUAACGAGCCUUAAGUACCUUAACAUGGGACGUAAUCCAUUAGUGUCACUUCCGGACGGGUUGCUAUGCGACGUCCCAACUUUGGAAGUGCUGUCUUUGGAGAACACCAGGAUGACAUCAUUUCCGGCGCACGUGUUUGACUGUGGAAAGACGUUCCCUAAUCUAACCUAUAUCGAUUUAAGUGACGGGGUUAUCGCCUCCAUAUUUACCGACUCCAUGAAAAAUCUUCAAAAUCUCAAAUCACUCAAUCUCAGUUGUAAUUUAUUAUCUCAAUUUCCAUCCAGAACAUUUGCGACAUCAACAAAUCUGGAAUACUUGGAUCUUUCCCGAAACGAAUUCAUUUCUUUCCCAAUCGGCGUUUGUGAACAUGCGGUGUCUCUGAAGCAUUUCAAACUUAACGAGAAUCAUUUUAAAAUUCUUAACAUGACAAAUCUACAGGAAUGUUCGAAUGUAACGUAUCUGGACAUUUCCUCGAACCAACUCCUCAACAUUAUAGGAACACUCAACAAGGCAAUGGCAAUAGAAUAUUUAAACUUGUCACAUAAUUUUAUUCAAGAAAUCGGCGACAAUCAUUUUGGAAAUUUUGUAAAACUUUCGGUUUUAAACUUGGCUAAAAACGAUAUUGUAGCAAUAUCCCAGCAUGCUUUGAAAGGACUACCUUCUUUAAAUUCCCUGAAUCUAUCCGGAAACAAGCUAAGCAACAGUUCCGCUUUGUCGCUAGUGUUCCGCCACUUGGAAAACCUAACCGAACUCUGUCUGACCGGAAAUGACCUUCAGAAUUUACCAGACGGCAUGUUUGAAUCAAUGGUGAAAUUAAAAACACUCGACCUAUCCCAGAAUUCCUUGAAAUCUCUGAAAAGCGAGGCAUUCAGGGGACUUGUGUUUUUGACAAAUCUCCGACUUUCGUCAAACCGUAUCACAGAUCUUUCUGCGGAUGUUUUCCAAAAUCUCCGAUUGCUUGAUAAACUAGACUUAUCAAAUAAUGUCCUCAUACACUUUGACGACAUUGUACUCCCCGGGAUGGCCUUGACCUUUAACAUAAGCAACAAUAAACUGAUGAACUUUCCCAAUUCAUUCAGACAAACAAAAGUCGUGACGCUUGACCUUCACGCGAAUAGCAUUGUCACUUUGUCUAGUAUAUCUACGGCGUCAUUGCAAUCAAUAACAUUUCUCGAUCUGAGUCAAAACAAAAUUUCAAGGAUAGAAGAAGGCGCAUUUGAAGGUCUUAACAAUUUAGAAGUGUUGAAUUUAACACGUAAUCAACUAACUGUGAAUUUAAGUUUAAACGUUUUUAGAGGAUCAUCCAAAUUACUCGACCUUGACCUUUCUCACAACAACUUGACUAGUGUGGAUUUCAUGUUUUCUAACAACACUUUGGACAUGGUCAAAACUUUACGUCUUGACCACAACCCCAUAGACACAGUGUCGGACAUGACCAACAAAGCGUUUAACAAGUCCAGUCCGGCGCUGGAAACACUCGUUAUUUCUUUCUGCAGAAUCAGGAACAUCUCAAAAUAUGCCUUCAAAGGUUUCCGAAAAUUAUCUACAAUCGAUAUGUCGAAUAAUCUAGUCCAGGAAAUAGAACCAUUGGAGACGAAAGUCGGGACUCAGUUUAAUCUUCGAGGAAACCCGCUACUUUGCACGUGCGUCAUGAAGUGGCUGGCUGACCCCUACGUCAUAGUUGACGGUAACACACUGCAUACACAUGACUACAAUGUCGGCACAUGUGAGGUGUAUCCGAAAGGGUACAAUGUAUCACUCCGACAGGUUGCGAAGGACGACUUCCUGUGCCGUACGGAAACUGGAUGUGAUUCGAACUGUGACUGUUUCUCGUGGGAUAGAAAUGGACCUGUCGUGACUUUGGCUUGUACUGAAGGUUUAGAAAAUAUACCGUCCGAUAUACCGCACUCGGCCGUUGACCUAUAUUUGGACGGAAACAAGUUUUCUACUCUCAGCGCCACUGUUGGAGGUGCGACCGCGUUACAAGUGGAGAAUCUCUACCUGAACAUAAGCGGUAUAAGAGAGAUAGCCGUGAACGUAUUUACAAAUCUGAAAUUGUUAAAAGUACUAGAUCUGUCUAAUAAUAGAUUGUCAGAUAUUUUACCACUUACAUUUCAAUAUCAGAAUGUAUUACAACAUUUAAAUUUGUCAAGUAAUUUUCUUGCCGCUCUUGUGCAUAAUACAUUCAAAGGUUUAAACGCGUUACGUAGUUUGGAUUUAACCAAAAAUGAGUUCCAGGUAAUAGAUGCUAUAUCAACAACCGAAUUGUCGCGAUUUCAAAAUGCAUUCUACGUUUUACUCGGCAAAAACCCUUAUCGCUGCACAUGCGCAAACUCCAACUUCCGGCAAUGGCUGAAUGCUUAUUCAAAUCGCGUUCGCGAUAAAAAGGAAGUCCGAUGUGACGGCAACGGACGGGAAAUGAAAUUGAUGUCUCAAGAACACUUUAAAUGUUUAGGUUUGGAGAACACUUCCGGUAGCGGAAAGUCGACUGUGAUAAUUGCUGUCAUAGUAAGCGUGGUCAUACUGGUUGUGUUGGGAGCCGCCAUUUUUUAUUACAAGCGAGAUUUGUUGGCGGUUCUGUACACCAAGUUACACAUUGGCUGUCUGAGGCCAAACACUGACAGCUCCAAACAAAGUGACGCCUUCAUUGUUUACAACACCAACGACUCGAAGUGUAACGAGUGGGUGAGACACAUGUUCAUGCAGAAACUUGGUCGGAAGCGGAACUACAAGUUCAGCUUCCCUGACAGGAUUCAAUUACUACAGAGCGUUCACGUGGCGGACUCGGAAAGCCACCAGCCGUACGACUGUAAGUGCGCAGUGUUUAUAAUCAGUUACAGCUUUAUGAAUAGUAACUGGGCAGCCGAGUCUUUCCGAAAGGCUUGGCAGUAUUCCAAGGAGAACAAAAAGUUCCGAGUGAUUUUAGUAAUAUUUGGUGAUAUCAAUGUCGGUUCACUUCUUCCGGAAAUGAACCAGAUGCUCCGCGCCGGAGAUUACAUCACAGCUAGGUCACGAGCAGUAUGGGAUAGACUUAUUUACGAACUUCCGGAUCCGCAAGGGGGAAGUGGGGCGCAUCAUGAUGAUGACGUUUCAGAAUCUGACGUCAUUCUGUACAACGCGCAAAAGUACCAGACACUUGACGAUACUGACAUUAUAAUAGGAACGUGAUGCUAUUUUUAGAUUAUGUAUGGAUUUUAUCGUCUUUGUGCGUGCUAUUGCUCAAAACAAACUGCAGCUUAUGUUCAUUUGCAAAAUGAUUUGUUUGUAUAAGAAUAUUUUGAUUUCUCAGCUGGUGUCCAGUAUUUGCCGGGGUUGAGAACCCUGUGAUUCUAAAACCAAUAACUUUGUGUAUCAUUUAUCAAAUUAAUUGAAGCAAUAUUCUAUAGAGUGUACAAGAAGGAUUGAUACCCGGGUAUUUUUGUCUCGGGUCCUUACGUGGGCGCCAAUGUUACAGAGGUCAUUAUUUGUUCAAUUUCUCCGCUAGGAGUCGAAACCGGGACCUCUGGUUUACUAGUCUUAUGCUCUACCGAAUAAGCUGAAGAGAUAUUCUCUCUAGCCGAGUCGGUAGGAAGUGGCUAUUAUUUUACCAGGGUGACUUUUGUUUAUCUCAAGCAAUGUUCAAUAAAAAUAUAUUUGUAUUUUAUUAUCUGGUCUGUGCUGUAAGUGAUAAUGGUUGAUUCACGUCCUGUAUAUCACUUCUCCGUGCUGAUUACUUUUCUUUUCGAUAUCAGUCAAGGUUACAGAUUCAUUGAUGACGUCAUUGUUUGAUUGAUGUUUUCAUUACGAAUCUCGGGAAAUGUUUACAGUUACUUGUUUUCUUUCAUUAAUGGAAAGUGACGUCAUCAUCAGUGAAAUUCCCUCGUUUUUCUAUGUAAACUUUAUUAAUUCAGUAUGUGUGGAAACUGAAAGACAAUCAAAAAAAUAAUAGAUAAGUAAAUAUUUUCUUGAAACAGGAACAGAACAAUGUGUAGCACUCUCCAAAUAAUAUAACGGGAUCUAGUCACGUUCAACGCCAAACAUCCAUACCUUAUUUAGAUCGGAUUGAUACACGCGUCUCGCUCACACAGUAAUUAAGGAUGCUCAUCCGGUACAAUGCAAAAACUACAAAAUGCAUCAGGCUACUAUUUUUUAAAUGUUAUUUUUAGAAAACAUGAGAAUCACAACAUUGUAUUUGUAAUAUUUGCAAUAUAGAUACAUAAAUUGUUCAUGUGAAUGUCUCUGAAGGGGUUUAACAUGUCUAUGUUCCGUUUCAUAUUUUCUACCGUAUCGGUAGACAAGUCUCGUCUCUUAUCAAAGUUGAUGUGUUUCACCAUAUGACAUACAUAUAUAGAUAGCAUAUUCCGUCUUUGCGUAUUGCAGAGUUAUCUUCUCUUGGGAGCAGGUAUUGAU